AUGGGCAAGCCGAGCAACAGAGAAGAAGCCCUUGCGGCUCUCCGAGCCACACGAGAGAAGGGCAACAUAAUCGUCGGCGCCGGAGCAGACCACACAAGAAUUCGAUGUCGCUCACUAACAGCACAACUCCCAGGCAUCGGUCUCUCAGCCAAGUUCAUCGAAGCCGGCGGCGGCGACCUCAUCAUCAUCUACAACUCUGGCCGCUACCGGAUGGCCGGGCGGGGCUCCCUCGCGGGCCUCAUGCCGUACGGCAACGCCAACGACGUGGUCCUCUCCAUGGCCAGCGAGGUGCUGCCCAUUGUCAAGCACACGCCCGUGCUCGCGGGCGUCUGCGCGAGCGACCCCUUCCGCGACAUCCCGCGCUUCGUCGCCCAGCUCAAGGACCUGGGCUUCGCCGGGGUGCAGAACUUCCCCACCGUCGGGCUCAUCGACGCCGACAGCGUGUUCCGCAGGAACCUCGAGGAGACGGGGAUGGGCUACGGCUGCGAGGUCGAGCUCGUGCGCGAGGCGAGGAGGCAGGGCCUGCUGACCACGCCGUACGUGUUUAGCGAGGACGAGGCGGUGCAGAUGGCCCGCGCGGGCGCCGACGUGCUCGUCGCGCACAUGGGCCUGACCACCUCGGGCAGCAUCGGGGCCAAGACGACCGGGUUGACUCUGGAUCAGUGUGUCACGCUCAUUGGCAAGAUCAAAGAUGUCGCCCGGGAGGUCAACCCCGAGAUCCUGGUGCUGUGUCACGGUGGACCGAUUGCGACGCCCGAGGACGCGAGGUACGUCAUUGACAAGGUGGGAGGGCUGGACGGCUUCUACGGUGCGAGUAGCAUGGAGAGACUGCCUGUUGAGGAGGCGAUUGCGGGCAUCACCAAGGAGUUCAAGGGACUGAAGCCGUCGUCUUGAGUAAAGGACACUCGGGAGUCUGGAGAAGGAUUGUCCACAGUACCAUUGGUCGUAGCUGUUGUAAGAGUAAUCAUCUGCCGCUGCCCAUUCACUUUGAGGGGACGACCGACGUCCUCACCUAAAAGUAGACAUGCCCAUUGGGAGUUGCCGUCAUGGGCACAAACCAGAGUUCUACGGUACUAUCGGCAAUCUAUGCUAGGUAUCA